AUGAUCGACCUACGCUUCUUUCACCACUUUCUUCUUCAUGCGUACCCUGGGCUUCCGAUCCAGGGCGAAGAAGUAUGGAAAGAAGUUGCGAAGUAUUCUCAUGGCUUUGACUUCCUGGCUCACGCGAUGCUGGCCGUCGGGGCUUCGCACCUGGGCCUCUGUAAUGGCAAUGACUACAACUCAGACGCCAUAUCGCAUCGCGUCAAAGCUAUCAAGUCGCUCAAUUCUGCUCUAAGUACCCCAUGUCAGACCAAGGAAGAGGGUGAUGCUCGAUAUGCCACUCUCAUGGCUCUAACUUGGCAGUCCUCGUAUAUGCCUGAUGGGAUGCAAGAGUUCUUGUCCAUGCUUCGUGGCUGUACUAUUGUUUCUAAAUGCUCAGUCUUCCAAUUUGAAGGCUCAGUGUUUCGCAUGUUCACAACAGAAGGGCACGUACAGCGUGUUGAAGAUAUCAACAACGGAUUCGACAUCGGCCUAUCCGAUGAUGGAGUCAUUGACGCUGGUGUUGCAUCCUUGAAGGCUAUUGCGCCUCUGAGUAAAAGCACGCUUGAAGUAAGCCUCGUCGCAGCUCUUCAGAGUAUCCUCGAGAUGUCACGGACUGCAUGCGUCAGUGGUAAGAUGCCACCCAUCUCGCUCUGGGUGAUUCGCUGA